GUUUAACUCCUUUCUUCAAAACCAUCACCAUGGCGGUUGGUUUAUUGUCGCUUCCUACAGAGCUAAUAUGUCACAUUCUACUCUUCCUCACCCCCGAGGACAUUUGUCGCUGUGCAAUUAUCUGCAAAAUUGUCUGGGGUGCAGCUCAAAAUUCGGUCCACAUCCAAUACAAGCUUGAGCUAUAUGCCCAAGGCCUCAAUGAGACCGAUUCCGCAGAUGCAGAUUCCAUCGCCAUUGCAAGAAAGAUGUCCUCACUCAAGAACUUGGCAUCCUUGUGGCGAUCUGGUUUCCAUGUCAAUACUGUUUUCCAGGAUGUGGUUGCUUCAAACGAUCCUCGCAUACAGCCACAGUCCAUGAAAUGUGGGACUUUAUGGGUAUGGAGAAUGAACACUCUUUUGGUUCGAGACUGCAAGGACAAGACCAAAACCUCUCAAGUGUGGCCUAAACAUGACUUAUUCAAACAGUCUGUACAUAUACACAACUUGGUUGCGUGUUCAGUCGUCGUCGACCCACUGCAGGAUCUUGUAGUCGCAAUCUCAGCGCCUUCUGUGUUUCAUUCGGGCGAUGCUCAGCAAGAUCACCCCGUCUGUUGGGUCGACUUUUGGCAGGCUCAUCCCGGCUUCCGCAUCCGGACUCUGCAAGCACUUCAUUGGAAUGCAGGCAUGCCGGUGAAUCUACUGCACUUUUCCGUCAUUUGUAUUGUGGGUGGGCCUGCAAUUUGUGGGGAUCGUGUAGUUAUGCUCUAUUACACGAGGCAUCGCACUUCACGGAACACGGUGGGCGCGUCCAACAUGUUCAUACAACUUAUAGAUUGGAGGAAAGGUCGUGUUAAAAGACAUGCCUUAAGUGAAUCAGGAGAGCCAUUGUUUUACGAUUUACAUCUAGUCGACAAACACACAUUGGUUAUCAUCGAUUCAAAAGGUCGUAUAAUCUUGUACACAUUACAAGGACUUGAUGACACACCUCGGCAUCGAAUCACUUAUCUCCUUCCCAUUCUGAAACCUGGCCGUAAUUCAGCACCCCAGGUCGUGCCACACUAUGUUGUUUACGCCUCCCCAUCGUUCCACGGUACAGUAGCUCACCCAGAUCUAAUGCCCAGCUACGUACCCUCUAUGGAGUCACAGAUUAUGGUUCUAGAAACUCUCCCUGCCUCGUGGCCUGUAAUAAUGGUCAUUGAUAUGGCCAUGUUUUCAGAAAAGGCCAUACAAUCAGAGACUCGUGUUGAGAUUCCGUGGUCAGACUGGGGGACCCAAGUAUACAUGGUGCUUUCCGCAUCAUCCAAGCCACCGAAUCAUGGAAGCACUCUCCAUCGAGGGACAAUUCUACCGACUCAUUGCUCGCUCAGAAAUAUACAUGACCCCAAUUUACCAGGAGUUGUGAUCCGCAAGCCUGUUUGGUUUGCUCAGUCGUGCCUUGACGAAGACUUCACCUCCAACCGUCCUUACAUGGCUUCUGUCUGCGCCGAGCCUUUUUCGAUGCAUUACCUUGACAGGAUUUUCUUAGAACAAGAUCGACUUACUGUAACGAGGUCACCUCCUAGCCUCAUUGAUAUUCAGGUUUUUUCACCCGUGCCGAUGGAGGUUAGCUUGGAGCCUGAAAGACAUAGAGAAAAGUCGUUUUAAUAUGUUUUAAGGCUCCUGGAGGACAACGGGUGUUGUCACUUCGAAAGAAUUGCGUAAAUGCUUACUUUGACAUAGGUAGCAAAUGUAUAGUAUUCUUAGUUGCGACUCGAAUGUGAUCGUUUAUGAUAUCCGCACAAUCAAA